AAACAGAAAUGUCAAAGACAGGCGAGGCAUUUUCUUUCCCAGUGAAACUAUCUGCAGAGGCGUUGUGAUUGGCCAGAUAAUGCGCGCGUCUAACCAGAAAAGCACGAGCCAUUUCUUGCGGCCACUCGGACCACAAUUUUGCUACUCCAACCACCGCCUCCUGAUGUCAACCAUGUGCGCCAUCUCGAUACAUCUUUCAAUCCCAUGUCUCUCAGAUCCAUUCUUUGCAUGAUGCACGCGAGGGUGUUCGUCCCUAUAAGAAGGUCAGGGCAAUCCCCUGUCCUCGAACACUCUAUCAUCUGCGUCUUCCCUCCUUGAUACCUAUAUUACUUCUUUUGAUUCCAAGUAUGGAACAAGACGACCGCAAGGACCAUAUACGUAUCGCCGAGGAGGGUGUCCAUCGCAAUGAGAUGCGAUCAAUCUCUCGUCGAAACUCGUCUCUGUCUAUCCAUAGUGCGCGUGGCAGAGUCGUAGCGCCCGAGAAUUUACUUCCCAUAACAUAUCGGACACUCUCAUACAAGGUUGACGACGCUUUCGACAAAGACGCCAGUUACGCUUCAGAUAAAAGGGAGCGGAAACAAGUCCAAGGUCUCACGGAGCUAGAUCACCACCUGGUAACUGUUGAUGAACUGCAGCGGCGUCUCUCGACUUCCCCCCAAGGGCUCCAGGCCGAGCAAGCCCACCGCCGCCUCUUACAACACGGGAAGAACCAACUGUCACCCCCUCCUUCGAGAUGGUUUCAAACAAUAAUGGGAUACCUCUUUGGAGGCUUUGGUACUAUCCUUCUUGGAGGUGGUAUCCUGGUGUUCAUUGCGUGGAAACCUCUCGGGGAUCCUCCUGCAGAAGCCAAUCUUGCUUUAGCGCUUGUUCUCAUCGUCGUGUGGAUCAUCAAUGCCGCGUUUAAUGCCUGGCAGGACUGGUCGUCAUCAAGAGUAAUGGCUUCGAUAACCACCAUGUUGCCGGAUCAGUGUAUUGUCACACGCGACAACAACCCUGCCUACCUCAGCGCACUUGAUCUGGUUCCCGGAGAUCUGAUCCAGAUCAAGCAGGGCAAUAAGCUGCCUGCUGAUGUCCGGCUCAUUCAAACUUCAGCCGAUGCUAAGUUUGACCGAUCAAUCCUGACAGGCGAAUCCGAACCCGUCUCCGGGACGGUUGAGUGCACCAACAACAACUAUCUGGAAACAAACAACAUCGGUCUGCAGGGCACAUACUGCGUCUCCGGAGCUGCUCUAGGAAUUGUCGUGGCUACUGGAGAUCAGACAGUUUUCGGACGAAUUGCUAGUUUGUCAAAUGGAAGGCGAACGGAGAUGACUCCGAUGCAAAAGGAAAUCCUACGAUUUGUGCUCAUCAUUGUGGCUUUUAUUGUGACUUUCGUGGUCAUAAUAAUUGUUAUUUGGGCGGCAUACUUGCACAAGGACCAUCCGGAUUUCAUCAAUGUUCCAACUCUUAUUGUCAGCUGUGUCAGCGUUGGAAUCGCAUUUGUGCCGGAAGGGCUUCCCAUAGCAGUUUCAAUGGGCCUUACAAUUGUUGCUGGGAUUAUGAAGAAGAACAAGAUUCUUUGCAAGUCACUGGCCACAGUGGAGACUCUGGGUGCUGUUUCCGUGAUUUGCUCUGACAAGACCGGCACACUCACCAAGAAUGAAAUGUUUGUUGCGAAGUGCUUUUCUGGCGGAGAAGAAUACAUCUCGGAAGACGCAAAGGAACGAAUGGUACACGGCUCAGCUCCAGGCGAGCUUCCAAACGAGUCGAUAGCUGUGGUCCGAGCCAUUGGUGGCCUCUGCAAUGCAGCUGAGUUUGACGCUACUACCCUGGAACGACCGCUACACGCUAUGAAGAUUUUCGGCGACCCAACUGACCAGGCUAUUCUGCGUCUUUCUCAAUCUCUGGGAUCUGUGAGUGAUCUAAGAGGGCAAUGGAAAAAGGUCUUUGAGAUUCCGUUCAACAGCAAGAACAAGUUCAUGAUCCGUGUCAUGUGCCCGCACAAUCAAGACAGCGGCUAUCUCUUUAUCAAGGGAGCUCCUGACAUGCUUCUGUCGAAAUGUGCCCAUGUUGUGAACAGAAACGGACAGGCAGAGCUUUUAUCCCAAGCCGAGCGUAACCGGCUUGAAAGGAUCAAGGACCGUUGGUCAGCCGAAGGAAAACGCGUGAUUCUCAUGGCUCAAAGAUUAGUGUCUAGCGAUUGGAUCAAGGCUGGUGUGGACGAAAGAAGUGCCCUCCAGGCCGCGCAGGAUGGUCUCACCCUUGUUGGCCUAGUUGGUCUCAUAGACCCACCGCGAGACGAAAUCCCGGGUGUGAUUGAUACCCUCCGCAGAGCUUCUAUCCGGAUCAUGAUGGUAACAGGAGACUACAAACUCACGGCGCAGGCGAUAGCAAUUGAGUGCGGUAUCAUACGGACACCUCCGGGUUUGAUCGAUGAUAUCAAGGCUCUCGACCACGCUGACAAGGCAACCGUCCGGUCGACUGACUCAACCACUGCUAUUGUCGUUAGUGGUCCUGAGCUAGCUGAUCUUUCAUCAGAGGACUGGGACACACUCUGCACUUACGAUGAAAUUGUCUUCGCACGCACGACUCCGGAACAGAAACUUCGCAUCGUCAAAGAGUUUCAAGCCAGAGAUAAUAUUGUUGCGAUGACGGGUGACGGUGUCAACGAUGCUCCUUCGCUCAAGGCAGCAGAUGUCGGCGUUGCCCUCGGGAGUGGUUCCGAUAUCGCGAUCGAGGCCGCCGAUAUUGUUCUUCUCGACUCGUUUGCCGCUAUUGUCGAAGCCGUAAAAUAUGGAAGACUUGUUUACGAUAACCUCAAGAAGACCAUCAUCUACCUACUUCCAGCUGGAAGUUUCAGUGAGCUAUGGCCCGUCGUGACAAAUGUUGUCCUGGGAGUUCCCCAGAUCCUUUCCUCCUUCCUCAUGAUUAUUAUCUGCUGUCUCACUGACUGCGCCGGUGCGAUAACCCUCGCCUUCGAGAAACCAGAAUCAGACCUCCUCCUCAGACCACCCCGCGACCCCAAAAAGGACCGCCUCGUCGACGUAAAGCUCCUCGGUCACGCGUACCUCUUCAUAGGCCUCUACGAGUGUCUUAUGUCCUACAUAAUGGCCUUUUGGCACAUGCAAAGACGUGGCGUCCCGUUCAGCGCAAUGGUCCUCCGCUAUGGCUCCUGGGACCCGCAAUACGACCCCGACUACGUAACCCAGGUCGCGAACGAGGCAUCCUCAAUCUACUUUGUCAACCUCGUCUUUAUGCAGUUCUUCAACCUGCUUGCUGUCCGGACGCGCCGGCUGAGUAUCUUCCAGCAGCCACCAAUCUUGAAGAAGGAGACGCAGAAUCUGCUCCUUUUCCCGGCUAUGCUUUUUGCGUUGUGUGUUGUUUUUAUUUUCCUCUAUAUCCCCGACCUCCACGGCUCGAUAGACACAACGACUGUUCCCGUCGAACAUUUUUUCCUCCCCAUUGCUUUUGGUAUGGGACUUCUCCUUCUGGACGAGGGUAGGAAGUACUCUGUUCGACGUUGGCCGAAUGGGCUUCUUGCGAGAAUCGCCUGGUGAGGACGAUGACUCGAUUUUGGGACGGACUUACUCUGAUAUCUGGUUGGGAGAGACGAAAAACUUCUAUUAGAUCUUGAUAAAACGGGUGGACUCUGACACUACUUAGGUAGUAAGAGUAUCUAGGUGCAUCGUGUGACAAAAAAAUAGUAUUGCCAAUGCAGCAUCAGGUAUUCAAGCCAAUGAGAUCAAAACCAGACGAAGAUGAGAAAAAGACAAGAAAAUUGAAGCGAAAUAGCCACCCAAAACACCAUAACUAAAUACAAGUCAAAUGAAUAACAACGAGAAG